GCCGUCGCCGCCGCCGCCGGGGAAUCGAAGGCGAUCGAAGUGGCGCCGCCAGGUCUCCGUCCCCGCCGCGGACACUGACGAUGGGCCCCCGGGCCGCCGCUCGCCGCCCCCGCGGAGACCGCCGCCGCCGCCCUUUCGUCUAGCGACUGGUCUCCCUCGCAAUUAUGGAUAUUUGAAAGGGUUCCACGGCGUGGAGGGGGAACCCUCCCUCCCCCCCUCCUUGGUGCUUGACUGCUGGAAUUACUAAUGGACAUUGGAAGAGCUCUUUUUUAAGAAAUAGAAAAACUGAAAAAAAAAAUACAUUUGAUAUAAACUUUGUAGAUAUUUCUAAAUAUUUUUGGCUCAAGUGCCCAAUGAAUUGUACAGAGAUUAAUAGUUUUUGUACCAUUGCCACGGGGAUUUGAAUUUGCAUACAGGGAAGACCAUUCAUUCCCAGCGUAGUUUAGCCUAAAUAAUACCAUAGUGCCCCGGCUUUGAGACCAGUUUGAACUGGCUGCUCUUCCGAAGAAGCGAGCCCUGCGAAAGAAAGAUUAGGAUGAGUUCUCGCUUGCCCGACUGUACUUCGAAGUGUCGAUCCACAAAGCAUGCAGUGGACAUCCUGUCUGUGGUGACCCGAGGAAGCGAAGGGCAGAUUAAGGCUUUUCUCUCCACUUACUGUUACAAUGCAGCGACCAUCAGGGAUACCUUUGGUAGGAAUGUCCUCCACCUUGCUUCCUCGUGUGGUAAGAAAGGCGUGUUAGAUUGGGUGGCAGACACAAAAGGAGUGGAUCUUUCAACCAAGGACAAAGAAUCAGGAUGGACCGCUCUUCACCGAAGCAUCUUCUACGGACAUAUCGAUUGCGUUUGGUCUCUCUUGAAGCGAGGGGUAAGCUUGUAUACCCAGGAUAGAGAAGGAUUAUCAGCUCUGGAUCUUAUAAUGAAGGACCGGCCAGUUCAUGUUGUAUUCAAGAAUUCGGAUCCCACAGAUGUCUACACCUGGGGAAAUAAUGUAAAUUUCACUUUGGGUCAUGGAAGCCAGCAGAGUAAGCACCAUCCUGAAUUGGUGGAUCUGUUCCCUAGAACUGGAACAUAUAUCACACAGGUGGUGCUUUGUAAAUUUCAUUCGGUGUUCCUGUCGCAGAAAGGGCAAGUUUACACCUGCGGUCAUGGACAAGGGGGACGCCUGGGCCAUGGAGAUGAGCAAACGUGCCUGGUUCCUCGACUGGUGGAUGGGCUUGCUGGUCAUAAUUGCAUCCAAGUGGCAGCUGCUAAGGACCACACAGUUGUUUUAACUGAAGAGGGAUUUGUUUAUACAUUUGGUCUAAAUACUUUUCAUCAAUUGGGUAUAAUCCCACCCCCUCCAAGUUGCAGUUUACCAAGACAGGUUCAGGCCAAAAAUCUGAAAGGGAGAUCAAUAAUUGGGGUGGCGGCAGGCAGGUUCCAUACAGUACUCUGGACUAAAGAAGCUGUCUACACCAUGGGACUAAAUGGUGGGCAACUAGGCUACCUGCCAGAUCCCAACGGCGAGAAGUGUGUGACGACCCCCCGCCAGGUCUCGGCCCUGCAUCAUAAGGACGUCACAGUGUCCUUGGUCGCCGCAAGUGAUGCUGCUACUGUUUGCGUGACAGAAAGGGGAGAUAUUUACUUGCUGGCAUUCUAUCAGUGCAAGAAGAUGGCUUCAAAACAGCUAAACCUAAAAAAGGUUCUUGUGUCCGGAGGCUAUAUGGAGUACAAAGUUGAUCCUCAACAUCUGAAAGAAAAUGGGGGUCAAAAAAUCUGCGUUCUUGCUCUGGAUAAAGCUGGACGAGUGUUUUGCUGGAGAUCGCCCAGCAGCUAUAUAAAGCAGUGUCGAUGGGCUUACGGUCGCCAAGUCUUCAUGUCUGAUGUUGCUUUGAAUAAGAAUGAAAUGCUGUUUGUUACACAGGAUGGGGAAGGAUUUACAGGGAAGUGGCUGGAUGAAGGAAAAAAGAAUGCAGAAAAGAAAGAGAUUAUCACAAAUCUCCAUAAUUCAUCCUCUGAGGUUUCUUGGGCCCACGACACAAGUAGUGUUUAUGAAAGAAUUCGCCUCGAGAAGCUUACUUUUGUCCACAGAGCUGUUAGUGUCACCACAGAUCCGAGCGGGUGCAACUUUGCAGUUCUGCAGUCGGAUCCCAAGACCAGCCUUUAUGAAAUUCCAAGCGUGUCCUCCUCAUCUCUUGCCGAAGACCUUGGCAAACUGUUGGGGGAAACAGAUGAGAUGGACACGAUCCACGACGUCACGUUUCAAGUUGGCAAUAGGACCUUCCCUGUGCACAAAUACAUUUUGUCCUUGAGAUCUGACUUCUUUAGGAAGUUGUUUACAUCCAAUGGCACUUCUCUAGAUGCUCCUGAUGUUUACCCCAGCGAUAAAGAUCCUGAGGGACGUAAGCUUUUUGUGAUCGAGAAGGUUCACCCCGACCUGUUUGCACAGCUUCUGCAAUUCAUAUAUACCGACACGUGUGACUUUUUGACUCACGGGUACAAACCGAGGAUGCAGAGUAAGAAACCCCCCGAAGACUGCGAGGAAGCCCUGAUUUCCAACUUGAACGCAAUGAGUUUUCCAGAAGAGCUUAGUCAGAAAGGAACUUUCAAGGUUUAUAGGAGCAAUAGGAUCCAGUCAGUCGGCGAGAGACAAACAAACAAACCCAAGUCGUCCAAAAAGGGCAAAAACGUGGGUGAAGAAGUCAGCCCGGUCCAGAUGCUGCAGAUGGUGGCCAAGAAAUUUGGCUUCAGUAACUUGAAUGGCAGACUGGAUGGAGUGAAGUUUGAAAAUGAAAAAAUCAACGUUAUCUCACGGAAAACGGGGAACAAACUAAAGCUGAAUCCAAAAAAAUGCACCUAUUUCUGUGAUGUGACCAUGAAAUCAUUGGAUGGAAAGGAAUUCCAUUGUCACAAAUGUGUACUUUGUGCCAGACUUGAAUAUUUUCACAGUAUGUUGAAUAGUUCAUGGAUUGAGUCUUCCAGUUGUUCCGCUUUGGAAAUGCCAAUUCACUCUGACAUACUGCAAGUCCUUUUGGAUUACCUUUAUACAGAUGAAGCUCUUGUGAUAAAAGAGUCUCCAAGUGUGGAAUUUGUUUGCAAUGUUCUUGUGGUGGCUGAUCAGCUUCUAAUAACUCGACUGAAAGAGAUUUGCGAGGUAGCUAUAACCGAAAAACUCACAUUAAAGAAUGCAGCAGAACUGCUGGAGUUUGCAGCGAUGUAUAAUGCUGAACAGUUGAAGCUCUCUUGCCUGCAAUUUAUAGGACUAAAUAUGGCAGCUUUACUUGAAGCAAGGGCUUUGGAUGUUUUGAGUGACGCUGUUUUGAAGGAACUUUCUGUGUCGUACAGAAAAAUGAUUCCAGCAAUGAGCAGGCGAGUGAUCACACCUUAUCAAGGCGGACCAGACAUUGCCUAUUUGGAGGCUGAAGAUGGAGAAAACUUUGUCUUUUUGAAAGAAGAAAACAAUAUAGAACAAAAUUCUCCGGAAGGUUUUUUCAAAAAGGCGAAAACCAAAGCCAAAAAGAAGCCACGAAGACGCUCAGACAGCUCUGGAGGUUAUAACCUUUCAGAUAUUAUUCAGAGCCCACCCUCCACAGGCUUAAUAAAAUCUACUAAGACCAAUUCUGUGGAGUCUCUUCCAGAAGUACUGACCUCAGACUCAGAAGGUAGCUAUCCUGGAGUGGCAAGUCCUAGAGAUUUGCAGUCCCCCGACUUCACAGCAGGAUUUCAACAUAAGAUGGAGAUGGAAGUUAAAGCAUAUGUUAAUGGUGGACAACCUCCUCAGUUUUCUGAAGAUGUGAAGCUGUGUGAAAACCCCACAGGCCUUAGAAGGUCCACCCCACAGCCGAUUCCGAGGAACAAAAACUGCUCCACGAGCUUUUCCAACUGGGUGGCUAGUUCUUUCAGCCCUGCCAGUCCCCCUGCCCUGCAGCUCCGAACCAUCAUGGAAAUUGAAGAAAACAUGCGAAAGUGUGGAGCUACGCCAAAGACAAAUUCAGGAAAAACAGCUUCUCAUGGAAUUAAGCUUUCCCAGAAGCAAAGAAAAAUGAUUGCCAUGGCUGCAAAGGAGAACAACGUAGGAAUGAGUAAUGUGGAAACUGCACCUGUUCUGACCACUCCCUUGACACCUACGAAAGCUUCAAAACCAGGGAAUGUAUGGUCACCUACUCUGCCUUCACCUUCACCCAAGUCCUUCCGGCAUCUCUUAAAGGAAGAAGAAAAGUCUGUCGUACCAGGUGGCACUCCAGGAAAUAACGUCAAAAAAGGUUACGUUAAAGGAAUUGAGGAGCCUCAGGUCCAAAAGUUUGUGCGACCUUCAACUCGAAGGAUCCCGGGACCAGACGGCGACCACACAUGCGAUUUGCCACCGCAAGAGAGUCCCAACCCCUGGCUGUCUGCUUCUGUGGGGCUCGCCCCGGUCACGUUCGCAGCCAUCGUGGAGGAAGAGCUGCAGCAGGAAGCCGCCCUCCUCAGAAGCCGGGAGAAACCCCUGGCCCUGAUCCAGAUUGAGGAACGCGCCAUCCAGGAACUGUUGGUCCACUACGAGGCGUUGGGCAACCCCGAUGAGUUCGUCGUCGUUGAAAGGGCGCCGCAGGGACCCAUGGCGACCCCUAUGUGGAACAAGCACGGAUGCUAGUCCCCCCGGGAGGCAGACGUGGGCUUCGGGAUGCCAGUUGCGUUCCGAAGAAGAAAGCGGGGCGGGACGGCUGAGGCCCGUCUCUGCUUAACACCCGUCUAACUCAAAAAGGCCGGCCUCCCGGUAGUUGGUCCACAGGGGUCGUGGGCCGUGUUUCACCUCCUUAUUGAACAGCGCUUUGAGUAACUUUGUAUGUAAGGUUGCGCGGUGAGAAGAUUCGUUUAACCCUGCUCCGAUUCGGUAAAACAGUUGAUUGCGAAAUUCACUAGGGAGGGACCGGGAUCUGAAGUCUAAGCGUCACGUAGGAACGGCACACCGUCUCCCGUUGGAGGAGCAGCAGCAGGAAAUUUAGGCAUGGGGACCUGGAAACUUGCUUCAGGGCCUUUGCUUUUUCCAUUAAAGGGCUUGUCUCAGUGCCCCGGUCCACACCUCUGCCUGCCGCCACUCCCCUCCACUUCCGGCUGGGUCCGUACAUCAGAUCACAAGCGCUGGGUCCAGGGUCCCUGGUUCCUGUUUGGGUCCUCAUGCUGCAGGCCCCUGGCGAGUCUGGGUCCUCAUUGGCAUCCCAUCCUGGAAUCUGCAGCAUCUCCUUCGUGGGCCAGGGGAAGAUAAGGGGCCAUGGAGGAAUGUCAUUCAGGGGGAAGUCUGGAGGCGGAACGAGGCUUAUUGCUUGCUGAAGGGCUAAAAUUUCCAGAAUGAAUGCAUAAUUAUGGCUACUUGAAAUGACUAGUUUUCCGGUAGAUUCGUAGAUGGCUUUGCAGUAUUGUGUGUUCAAGAAGUUCUCUGUGCCAGGCUUGACUGAACAUAUACAUAUAUAUAUAUAUAUCUAUAGAUAUAUAUAUAUAUAUAGAUAUAUAUAAAAGUUUGCCAGUCUUGCAUUAUGCUGUUUUGUUUGUCUGUGUAUUGAGCCAGUAAAUUUGGAAAAUUUCCCACUUAGUUAAUCACAGUGCUUAUAGAUCCUGGUCAAACCGGAAAGGAGAGCGCUCCAGUAGACAUGCCUGAAUGAAUGGUCAAAGCCAGUCGCUGUGGGAGCACCACGUUGGGCUUGCGAAAGUCAUAGAGCGGCAACUAACUGUUUCAGGUCUAGCUAAACUCCCAAAAGAUGGAAAAUGGAAGCAAAAGUGCAAUAAAGAGUAAAAUUUUGAUCCUCA